CCAGGCCGCCUCUGCCGUUCUAAAGAUUCCAAAAGCCAGCGGAUCUUUCGCUCUCCUUUUGAGCUAUAAAUAAAUUCUGACCCACCUUGUAUUUUCCGCUGCCCAAGCUCAUAAGCCUAGUUGCCUCUCUCAGCUCGUCUUUGAUCCUCUCCUACUCGAUUCAGGGGCGAAGAUGGCAACUGUGACUGUUCCCACCCAAUGCAUGGUCAAAAUUGCACCCAAAAAUCAGUUUGCAAGCACCAUAAUCAAGAGUCCAUGUUCACUGGGAUCAGUAAGGAGCAUCUCCAAAUCUUUUGGCUUGAAAUGCUCCCAAAAUUUCAAGGCAUCAAUGGCUGUUUACAAAAUCAAGCUGAUUGGGCCAGAAGGUGAAGAGCACGAGUUUGACGCAGCUGAUGAUACAUACAUUCUAGAUGCAGCCGAGAGUGCUGGAGUUGAGCUGCCAUAUUCUUGCAGGGCAGGGGCUUGCUCUACGUGUGCUGGGAAGAUGGUGUCGGGCUCAGUCGACCAGUCUGAUGGUUCCUUCCUGGAUGAGACUCAGAUGAGCGAGGGUUAUCUGCUGACUUGCGUAUCGUACCCGACUUCAGAUUGUGUGAUUCACACUCACAAGGAGAGUGAACUUUGCUGAGUAUAGUUUGUGUCAUAAUUGAGUAGAUCGUGAAGUCUAUGUAAACCUGUUAAAAGGAUACAAUGUGGUGGAGGUUGUUUUGGAGCUUUGGUUGGUGUAUGUGUUUUCUAUAAUCAGUAUGUUGGUGAUAUUCACCCAGCCAGUUUGUACUGGUAAUUCUGUUUCCUAAACUCAAAACUCCAUUUUCACGUUCAUGAUAGCAUCACAGAAUAAAUAAAAACAUAAACUAGUAGGAAUUUAUGUUUUUUACUAAAA